GGAGAUCAUUGGUGGUAGAUGAAGAUUGACCUUUGGAUGCGGCAGAGAGCAGUGAUGUAAGCGGCGACCGGAUAUAAAUUGAGGAACCGAUCGUUUUGCGACAUAACCUGCUGCGAUGUUGGCGACCGCUGUUUUACUUGUCCUCUGCUCGUCCGCGGUGGUCCAAUCCGCUCAUCAGGACCCGCACUAUGCGCCAGGCCACGAUGGCAUGGUUCAUCUUUUCGAAUGGAAAUGGAACGACAUCGCGAAAGAGUGCGAGACUUUCCUCGGGCCGAAAGGAUACGGAGGUGUCCAAGUGUCGCCGAUUCAAGAAAACGUGAUUGUCGUGAACAGACCAUGGUGGGAGCGGUACCAACCGAUCUCCUAUUUGUGGGUCACAAGAUCUGGCAAUAAACAGGAAUUCAUCGACAUGGUGGCUAGGUGUAACAAAGCUGGGGUCCGAAUUUACGUCGACGCCGUCGUGAACCACAUGUGCGCGGACCACGCGAACGCAGUGGGCACCGGUGGUUCCAGAGCGAACACGUACAGUCGCGAUUACUACGCGGUACCAUACAGUAGGAACGAUUUCCACCCUACUUGCUCGAUCACCAACUACAACGACGCCGCCAAUGUGAGGAACUGCGAACUCGACGGUCUGCAUGACUUGAACCAGGGAUCCGAAUAUGUCCGAGAGAAGAUAGUUAACUUCAUGAACGAAGCGAUUGAUGCUGGUGUCGCUGGUUUCCGUAUGGACGCUGCUAAGCAUAUGUGGCCAGCUGACUUGGGCGUCAUUUACUCGAGACUGAAGAAUCUGAACGUACACCACGGUUUCGCACCGAAUAGCCAAGCAUUCAUAUACCAAGAAGUCAUCGACUAUAAUGGCCACGAGGCCGUCUCCAAAUACCAAUACGACGAGAUUGGCGCGGUGACUGAAUUCAAACAUGGUCAGGAGCUCAGUAACUCAUUCCGUGGUAAUAAUAUGUUGAAAUGGUUCUCUAACUGGGGAGAAAAAUGGGGUCUUCUGCCAUCGAGGGCCGCGUUUGUCUUCGUCGACAACCACGACACACAGCGUUCCAACAAUGCUCCACUCACCUACAAAACACCUAAACUGUACAAGAUGGCGGUGGCUUUCAUGUUGGCUCAAAAUUACGGUAUCCCAAGAGUGAUGAGUUCCUUCGACUACCGAGAUUUCGAUCAAGGUCCACCUCAAAACGGCCAGGGUCACAUUAUAUCUCCUGCUAUUCACGCUGACAACACCUGCGGAAACGGCUGGGUCUGCGAGCACCGUUGGAGGCAGAUUUACAACAUGAUCGGAUUCCGUAACGCUGCGAAAGGCACCAACGUCAACAACUGGUGGGACAAUGGCAGCAACCAGAUCGCGUUCUGCAGAGGAAACGCUGGUUUCAUCGCUUUCAACGGCGAUCAAUACGACAUGAAGGUGACGCUCAGGAGCUGCUUGCGGCCCGGCAGGUACUGCGACGUGAUUUCUGGCGGCCUGCAAGGCGGACGGUGCACCGGAAAAGUGGUCAACGUGGAAUCGAACGGAAAUAUGUACGUUGAGAUCUUGAAAUCCGAAGAAGACGGAGUGCUCGCCAUUCACAAGAAUGCGAAGCUCUCUUAGAGAAAAUCGACGAAUCUAAAUGCGGACAACACAGGGGACUAGAAUAAGUUUAUAUGCAAUACAAUUUACACCAAAUAAAUUGUUAAGUUUCGUAAA